CCAAUUGGCCUCAUAUGUCACAGCCACCCCCACAGCAUCUGGGACCAAGCACUCAACCCUCCUGCCCCUUCCAGGGCUGGGCAACUGUCCCCUUCUCCUUCUCCGGUACCUGGGCCAGAGGAGGGACAGGGUCUCCACUCUGAUUUCCCCUCAUUUUGUUGGACGCAGGGCCCUGUGUUCCUACCCCUCCUCACCAGGCCAGCCAAAGAUUCGGGGAGGACUAGGGACCAGCUGGAGCCAGAGGGGGCGGUCUGCAGACUGUUGACCCCGCCCAGGACUCCGUGAUGUCAUGGUGGGUGCUAAGGAGGGGGAGGGGGCCGGGCUGUUUUUCUGGAGAGUUGGAACACAAGUGAGACAAAGCGAGGCAGUCGGGCCAGGCAGGCGCCAUGGAGCUGCGGCCCCAGGUUAUGAUCUGGGAACUUGUGCUUCUACAGAGUUCUGCUGUCCUUCUGUCCUCAGUGCCCUCAGGGCCCGCGCCAGCCGCCAGCUCCGUGGUGUCCGAGUCCACAGUGAGCUGGGCGGCGGGCGCCCUGGCCGUGCUGCGCUGCCAGAGCCCGAGAAUGGUGUGGACCCAGGACCGGCUGCACGACCGCCAGCGCGUGGUCCACUGGGACCUCAGCGGCCGCCCGGACGGCGGCCCGGCCCGCAGGCUCGUAGACAUGUACUCAGCAGGCGAGCAGCGCGUGUACGAGCCGCGCGACCGCGGCCGCCUCCUGCUGCCGCUCUCCGCCUUUCACGACGGCAACUUCUCGCUGCUCAUCCGCGCGGUGGACGAGGCCGACGCGGGGUUGUACACCUGUAACCUGCACCACCAUUACUGUCACCUGUACGAGAGCCUGGCCGUCCGCCUCGAGGUCACGGACAACCCCCGGGAGGCCGGCGCGCACUGGGACGGCGAGAAGGAGGUGCUGGUGGUGGAGCGCGGCGCGCCCGCGCUGCUCACCUGCGUGAACCGCGCGCACGUGUGGACCGACCGGCACCUGGAGGAGGCGCAGCAGGUGGUGCACUGGGACCGUCAGCCGCCCGGGGUGCCGCACGACCGCGCGGACCGCCUGCUGGACCUGUACGCGUCGGGGGAGCGCCGAGCCUACGGGCCGCCCUUCCUGCGCGACCGCGUGGCGGUGGGGGCGGACGCCUUCGCGCGCGGCGACUUCUCGCUGCGCAUCGACCCGCUGGAGCCCGCCGACGAGGGCACUUACUCCUGCCACCUGCACCAUCACUACUGUGGCCUGCACGAGCGUCGCACCUUCCACUUGAGAGUCACCGAGCCCGUCGCCGGGCCGCCCCCGCGGGACUCGCCGGGCAACGGCUCCAGCCACAGCGGCGCCCCUGGCCCAGAUCCCACCCUGGCGCGCGGCCGCAGUGUCAUCAACGUCAUAGUCCCCGAGGGCCGGGCGCAUUUCUUCCAGCAGCUGGGCUACGUGCUGGCCACCCUGCUUCUGUUCAUCCUGCUGCUUAUCACCGUCGUCCUGGCCGCCCGCCAGCGCCGCUGCGGAGGGUACGAAUACUCGGACAAGAAAUCGGGGAAGUCAAAGGGGAAGGAUGUGAACAUGGCAGAGUUGACUGUGGCCACAGGAGACCAGGCUCUUUACAGGAGUGAGGACACCCAGCUAGAUUACAAAAACAACAUCCUGAAGGAGAGGGCUGAGCUGGGCCGCAGCACACUUCCCACAAAGAACAUUGACUUGGACAGAGAGUUCAGAAAGGAGUACUGCAAGUAAGGGAUCCUGGGCUCCUGGCUGGGCCAGCAGCCCUGCCAGCUCCUGUCCGUCCGUCUUGGAGGAUGACCUCCUGACCCUCAUGUGGCUCACCUGACCCCCUUCCAGCGGCUGGUCCCGCUGUCCUGGAACUUGGCCUGGACUGGCACAGAGCAAAGCUGCCUCCAGCCCCUCUCCCAGGAGCCGUCCUAAUCCUCUCUGGGAUUCUGCUGAGCUGCAGCUGGCCUCUUUGCCAGCCCUCAGCAGGUGCCUGCUGGCUCCCACACUCCCUGGUGGUCCUGCCCCACCCCCCACCCCAGGCACAGCCCCAACCCCACUGAUGUUCACCAAUCCUUCAGGCUCUCCUGGCCCCUGCCACCAUGGGCUGAAGCUCGGGUCAUCCUCAGGGCUAGCACCCUGGCCCCUUUCUAGGGGGAGCCUGCAGCUGGGACCUGAGGAUUGCACACUCCAGGCCCCAGGCUAAUUUCCCUCUGCUCUGUGUUGGGCUACCUGGGCCUGCCGUGGAGCUUCUCUGCCUCCCACCCUAUUCCAGCUUUGUUUCCAGCAAGUGCCUUGACAGUCACUGGGCUCCAUGUGACUUUUGACUCUGACUCCCCCCCACCCCAGCAGCCCCUCCUUGGGCUGGCAUCUGGGGCUGGGACCUCAUUUGGGUUCUGUUUUGGCUGAGGACAGGGGAGGAGUAAAGACGGUUCUAGAGCGGUUUGUGCUGCCAUACCCAAUACCCCACAUUUGCUCCUCCUGGGAAAUGGCCACCAUCACAAUAAAGACCACGUGAUUUUUAGACUUGGC